GAAGGACACGGAAAAUUUGUGCCAUGGCAUCUUCCUCUGCUGUGAAAAUCCUCGAGACUGCCCAAAUCGAACCAAUCUCCGCCGUUGAAUCCUCCCUUCCGUUCACUUUCUUCGACACUUUCUGGUUCACAAUGGCACCAGUUGAGCGUCUCUUCUUUUACAGCCUUAACGAUUUAACCCCUGCUGAUUUCAGUUCCCAUAUCCUCCCCAACCUCAAGCAAUCUCUUUCCCUGACGCUCCAUCAUUUCCUCCCCCUCGCCGGCAACCUCAUGUGGCCGUCGAAUGCCCCCAAACCCUUCAUUUCCUACACCCGAAACAACGGGGUUUCGCUCACGGUUGCCGAGUCUGAUGACGACUUCCACCGUCUCACCGGCAACGGAGUAUUCGAAGCUCUGGAGUUGCAUCCUUUGAUACCCCGGUUGGUAUCGUCGGACGAUUAUGCAUCAGCUUUAGCUCUUCAAAUAACCCUUUUUCCCGGUAAAGGUUUCUCCAUCGGAAUCACAGCUCACCAUAUGGUUCUCGAUGGUAAAACCACAACCAUGUUUAUGAAAUCGUGGGCUUAUCAUUGCAAGCAAGGGAAUACAAAGAACUCUCCGUUGCCACCGGAACUAACCCCAGUUUUUGAUCGGAACGUGAUCAAGGAUCCCACAGGGUUCGACCUUGAAAUGUUGUAUUUGAACCAGUGGCUAACAAGAACUAAUGGUAAUAAAAGCUUGAAGAUCUCAACUAACAAAGGAGCAGCCUCUGAUCUAGUUCGAGCCACAGUCACCAUUUCUCCCGAAGAUUUCAAGAAAAUGAGACAAAGGGUAUUGUCGAAAUCAUCUGAUGGUUCAAACCAUCUUCAUUUAUCACCUUUCGUGCUCACACUUGGUUACAUAACUAGUUGCAUAGUCAAAGCAAGAGGUGGAGCAGGUGAUAGAAUCGUUUUUCUCGGAUUCACAGCUGAUUGCAGGCCUCGAUGUAACCCACCAGUCCCAGAAAACUAUUUCGGAAACUGUAAUGCCGUUCUAGUGGAUUAUUCCAAGGCAGGAAGUUACAUGGAUUUCGAAAGCGGGUUCGAAUUUGCCGCAGAAAAAUUAAGCAAGAUGGUGAAGGGAUUAACAGAGAAAGGGGUACUCCAAGGAGCAGAAAAUAGGCUGGCACACUUAUUGGAAAUAACUAAAGAGCCAGCAGGGUCUGUACAAAUGAUUACGGUUGCCGGAUCACCUAGGUUCGAUCUUUACGGGACCGAUUUCGGGUGGGGAACGCCGUGGAAAGUAGUGGUUGUUUCCAUUGAUAGAAAUGAAGCUAUUUCCAUGGCCGAAAGUAGAGAGUUGAACAAGGGGGUUGAGGUUGGCUUGGCCUUGAAGAAGGAUGAAAUGGAGCGCUUUCUCUCUAUGUUUCUCAAAGAUGUUUAUUAAAAUUUCCUUUUCAUGGCCGUCUUUCAAUUUUAUGACA